GGAAGGCUGACUACAACUCCCAACAUGCCCCGCAGCAACGGAUUUUGCUAUAAAAGAAAUAGCCAUAAAGAACCCUUUGAAGUUGUCGAUAUAGAGAAUACCACCACAAGAAGCAACCAUGCCUAUGGAAGGAGGGAAAACUGAUAUGGAGAGGAUUGGCCUGUUCAGUGAGAUGGAAUAUAUUACUGUUGGUGAUAAAUAUGUGUCAUCAUUUAAUCGACCCUUUAAUGAGGCUGCAAGCAAAAAUAAACAGAUGCUACCUGGGGGAUCCAAAGAAAUGUCAAAUCUCCAGGCAGGUUAUUUUGAUCCCCAUUUUGUAAGGAUAUUUGAAGGUGAAGGCUAUGUAAAUCUGAAUCAAGUGAGGAGACGGCAUAUGAUGGAAGAAGCAAAAAAAAAUCUAGGCAAAGCCUUCCUCCCUAGUAGUGGAGAUAAAAAGCCAUGUGGUUUAGGAAGCUACUAUGGAACAUUAGGUGGUCCUGUGCCAUUCUUCAGUGCACAGUCAAGACCCAGAGAAAAAUACGAGGCACCUGGAAAGAAUUUAUACACAAACCCAGGAAAGAAAGGAACUGGAUAUGGCUAUGCAAAUAUUACCAUAGGUAAACAGUUUUCACACUCUGCUGAUUUCUACGAUGCACCCAAACUAAAUUAUAAGAAAGAGAAUGAAGAACACCAUCGUUUAGUUAAAGGAACACCUUUCAAGUUAAACCUUUACCCAAGGGAAUAUUUUGAUAUCAAUCCUUAUUUGUUUGAGAAGUCUUUACCACCAAUUAAAAAAACAGAGAAGAAGGAAGUACUUGCACACCCCUUUAAGCCCUCUUCUCCCGGUAAAAAGGGCACUAAAUACGAAGAACUACAAGACUGCUUCAGUACAGUCCUAUUAGCAUUCGGAAGACAAAUAACUUUCUAG